ACGAAGUAAAACGUGUAUGCUAUCAGCUGAGCUGGCUCAUGUGGAAUACCCUAUUUGACACUACGUAAUUUUGGUGCACAACGAAAGAUUAUUGGGAUGGAGAAUGACAUUCUCGUCUCUCUUGAGGAUUUAGGGUAUCAAGGCCCUCUGUUGGAGGAAGGAGCUCUGGAUUCUGCUGUGAGCAGAGGUGCAGCUUCACCUGAGUAUACCAAGCUCUGUGCCUGGAUUGUCUCCGAGCUUAGACUCUACUGCAAGCUGGAGGAGAAUGUCCAGGCCACAAACUGUCCGAGCGAGGCAGAGAGCUUCCAGUUGGAGAUGAGCGGCCUGCUCUCAGAGCUCGCCUGUCCUUACUCUGUCCUCAUCAGCGGAGACAUCACCCAGAGGCUCCUCAACAGGACAGACUGUCUGCUGCUCCUCACCUUUCUGGUGUCUGAGUUGGAGGCGUCUAGGAUGAUCCUGGUUAAUAAGCCUGAGAAGAAAGCCCAGGAGUCAGGCAGCCCUGUGUUCCAGGAACUGAAGGGCAUCUGCAUGGCGCUGGGCAUGUCCAAGCCUCCAGCCAACAUCACCAUGUUCCAGUUCUUCAGUGGAAUUGAGAAGAAGCUGAAAGAAGCCAUUAGCAGAGUCCCACCAACUCAUGUAGGAGAGCCUUUGAUGAAGAAGGCCCUUGGACCUGUGCACUUGGAGAAAAUCGAAGCUAUAAACCAAGCACUUGUAAAUGAGUAUGAAGUGAGAAGAAAAUUGUUGUUGAAACGUCUGGAUGUGACAGUGCAGUCUUUUGGUUGGUCUGACAGAGCAAAGACACAUGCUGAAAAGUUGGCCAAAGUUUACCAGCCACUGCGUUCUGCCCUCGGCACCAAAAGCAAAAUCUCUGUUGCCCACCUUCUUGCUGCACGAGAAGAUUUCUCCAAGAUCCUACGCACAAGCAGUGGCAAGAUCAGAGAGAAGACUGCUUGUGCCAUUAAUAAGGUUCUAAUGGGCAGAGUGCCAGACAGAGGAGGUCGACCCUGUGAGAUUGAGCCGCCUCCUCCGGAGAUGCCCUCCUGGCAGAAGCGUCAGGAUGCUCCCCAAGGCGGAGGACACUAUGCUGGGAGUGGGCAUGGAGGCGGCAGGGGGGGCUACGAUCACUACUCCCAAGGUGGCCGUGGAGGAUAUGAGAGAGGAGGCGGAGGAGGACAUGGAGAAAGGGGAGGCAGAGGAGGUGCUAGAGGGGGGAAGGUGCAGGGAGGCUGGGGAGAAGGAGGUGGAGGAGGGAGAGGCAAUUACAGUCAGGGCCACUACCAAGACGCAGGAGGUCAUCAGGGGGGAGGAGGGAGAGGUGGUUACGGAGGAGGAGGGAACAACCAAGGAGGCUUCCAGGACUCUGGCCACCAUGGAGGAGGAGGUGGUUACCAUGACAAUUACCACCAAGAUGGAAGCUGGCAUCAUGAGAGGGGUGGGGGUCGAGGAGGUCGGGGGGGCAGGGGUAGAGGAGGUCGAGGAGGAGGAGGACAAGGAGGUGGCUGGGGAGGGAGAGGGGGUCAGAAUUUUAACCAAGGAGGACAGUUUGAACAGUUCUUCCAACAUGGCGGGCAGCACUACAACCAAACUGGCUUUAAUCAAGGCAGACACUACACUAGUUGAAGACAGUGGGGGCAUCGCAGCAGAGUCCACUCAGAGAUCGACUGCUUAUUGUGCGUGAACAGAUUUUAAAUGCCUUAUCACCUUGAAUUUUCAGCAUGGUUGAAAGUUGACUAAAAUGUUCAAUAAGGAUCUGGGACAUCUACACAUACAGAUACUGUAAAUACACACAACAGGCUGUUUGGAGUUCUCGCUUUUCUUAGAAGACUGUUCUAAUGUAGUCUUUUGCUGUUUCAUACUUGUGUGUUAAUGUUUUUUCUGCCUCCUCAAUACGAGUAUUCAAGCCAACAACUCUGCUCUAAAUGGUAAAUCGAUUAGUUGGACUCUGCUGUUUUGACCUCAGUUUGACACUUAAUUAGCCUUAUAUUGGACUUUUUUUUUUUUUUGAAAGACAGGAAAAAUUCCUACGAUUUCAGUGUUGGUGCACCUACUGUGUGUCUGACAUUAGAAGUGCACCUCAUUGCUACAUGUAGGAUUCUUGAAAUCCUUAAUAGUUUAAUUGAAUUUUACAGUUACUUGAAAACAGCUUCAUGUUUCCAGUCUACAUUUUGUUUCAGUAGAUUUGACUGGAAUCUCCUUUGUUACUUAUUUAAAAGAUGUCAUCUUGUACCGCUCAUGGAAGAUUGUGUGCGAACAAAUAUGGAUGUUGGAAAGUUUGCAUGGAUGUGUGAAUGAGCAAUAAAAUCUGAAAUGAGAACAUGAUAAUUUUUUCAUUCA